CCGCCCACCACCAACAAGGCUGUGGCUCAGCGCACUCCACGCUCCAAUGCUCCUCGACUCUGUCCGAGCCGCGCUGGCCAGCCGCUCGCAGACGCUCCUCCCUUCGCUCCACGCCGAGGGCACCGACUGCUACCGUCUCUUCCACGGCGCCACCGAGGGCGAGCCUGGCUGCACCCUCGAGCGCUUCGGCGACCUGCUCCUUUGGCAAACCUUUCGCGAUCCGCCAGACAUGGACCCGCAGGAGCUGCUGCCGCGGCUGCGCGACCUCGUCGAGGACGAGACCGGCGUGCCGCUGCGAGCCGUGCACUGGAAUGCGCGGCAGAAGCGGCAGCGGUCGCGCGAGGGUGUGCUCGUGCCGCCGGGCGCGCCGCUGCUGGCUGCGGAGCACGUGGGUUCCGAGAUCGGCCUCAAGUACCGCAUCGACGUGCGUCCGCCCGGCCGCGACCCGAACCUCUACCUCGACUUUCGCGCGGCGCGCCGCUGGCUCGCUGCAAACAGCGAGGGGAGGGACGUGCUCAACGCUUUCGCCUUCACGUGCGGUGCCGGCGUGGCGGCGCUCGCGGGGGGAGCGCGACACGUGACGAACCUCGACUUUUCGCAGUCGGCGCUCGACGUCGGGCGAGAGAACGCGCGGCUGAAUGGCUUGCCCGCCGGCGCGUUCGAGUGCGUGUGCGGCGAUGCCCUUCCCGCGCUGCGCCAGCUGGCCGGUCUGCCGACCAACACAGACCGGCGCUCGCGCGGCGGGCGAGGGCGCGGCGGCGGGCGGGGCGGGGAUCGCAGGGCCAGCGGGAGAGGCGGAGGCGGCGCGAGCAGCCUCGCCCCGCGGCUGCGGCAGCGCGCGUUCGACGUCGUGGUGCUCGACCCGCCGACGUGGACCAAGACUGCUGCAGGCGCCGUCGACUUGGUGAGGGACUACCAGUCGCUCUUCAAGCCGUGUGUGCUCGCGACGCGGCCGGGCGGAACGGUCCUCGCCGUGAACCAUGUCGCGUCGGUCGAGCUGGACGAGUGGGUGGACAGCCUGGAGCGUUGCGCCAAGAAGGCGGGCCGGCCGCUUGAAGACGUCACCGUGCUGCCACCCGAGCAAGACUACCCGUCGCCCGACGGGAAGCACCCGCUCAAGAUGGCGCUGGCGAGGGUCGCAGCAGGCUCCGCCCCACUGUGAUUCGGACUGAGCGACGGCAGGACCCUUUGAAAUCAUGAAUGGCGGCGUC